GAAGAAAAAAGAGGAGUAGCUAAAGCACUUUGAUUGGUCCUUUCUCUUGUCUCCUCAAUAACCUCAUGAUUUGAUCACCCACUUAAAUUAAAUCAAAUUCAUCCUCAUUUGCAAACCAUAUUAUUCAAUUCAAUUUACUCUACACCAAUUCUUGAAAACCCCCACAAAAAUACAAUAAAUAAAAAGGGAUGAUGCCCAAUAUUAAUCUAAGUGGAGAAGGAUCAUCAUCAUCAUCAAGAUCAGCUCCAGCUCCUCCACCGGAUCAAGAUCACCACCCGCGGCUGCCGCCGCCGCCUCAGCUGAGCCGGUAUGAGUCGCAGAAGCGGCGCGACUGGAACACCUUCGGGCAGUACCUGCGGAACCAGCGGCCGGCGGUGGCGCUGCCGCAGUGCAACUACACGCACGUGCUGGAUUUCAUGAGGUACCUUGAUCAGUUCGGGAAGACUAAGGUGCAUAUACAGGGCUGCGCCUUCUUCGGCCAGCCCGAGCCCGUGGGCCCCUGCACCUGCCCCCUCAGGCAGGCAUGGGGCAGCCUCGAUGCCCUCGUGGGCCGCCUCAGAGCUGCCUACGAGGAAAAUGGUGGGCUCCCCGAGACGAACCCCUUUGCCAAUGGGGCCAUCAGGGUUUAUCUCAGGGAGGUUAGGGAUUCCCAGGCGACUGCCCGAGGAAUCCCGUACAAGAAGAAGAAGAAGAGGAGGAAGAAGAAUAAUGAAGCUGUCGCCUCAAAUUUUCAUCAGAUGCAAACUUCUGGAAUUUGAUUAAUAUGAUCAUGAGUUCACCUUCACUGCCAGUGGAUUGUUUGCAUUUCAUUUUCAGAGAUCAUAUUUCAAGAGAUAUGUCUUUUUCUUUCUCGCAAUAAAACUUAAAUUAAUUGUCAUUUUGUAUCUUUUCUACAAGAUCGGUAUGGGGAUUGAAUCUAUUACCAUAUAUA